GUUUAGCAUGAUUCAAUAUGGCGGCCUUAAGAAGAGUGGAAAUUUUAUUCAAGAAAACUUCGAAAGUUACCAACUACCUACGCUUGCGAAGAACGGACAAAACAUACGCGAAGUUUAGCAAAGAUACAGGCAAAGAAUUCAGAGUUAAUAAGCAAAAAAGUGAAGCGAGUUUUGAACUCGGAUCGUCAAAACUACGGUUAAGUGAAGACGAAUUACUGCAGUAUCCUAUAAGGCGCUUUACAGGGAACAUACAUAUUGUUAAAGAGCCUUCGCAAGAACGUGAUUUAGUUAUUUUAAAUGUCUUAAACAAAUUAAAAUAUGAAACGGUUUUGGGACUUGAUGUCGAAAUGACGGAAUCUAACCGAGAAAUUGGGUAUAAUAAACGCAGUAAGAAAACAAGGGUUGUACAGAUUGCUUCCGAAACUGAUGCUAUUGUAUGGCAACUCAAAAACUUCACAAGUUUGCCGUCGUCCCUUCUGUUUUUCCUGAAAUCGGACAUCAUGAAGGUAUUUUAAAAUCCAGGGACAGGACCUUAACUAGAGCGAUAAUUGGGGGGUCCAUAUUCAUGUUCACAUACCGUAAAAACAAAAGCAAUCCGUCGGGCAGAACACGAAUAUAUCAAUAUACACCCCCCUCCCCAAUUAUCGCUCUAGUUACGGCCCUGUAUAAAUCUGAAAUUGCCAAUGAAUUAUACCAAUGGCAAUGGAUUAUGCCAAGGAAAAAUGCCAU